AUGAAUGAGGUGUACAGCCUGCGGGCCGCCGCCCGCCACGCGGGCGCCCCCCGCGAGGGGAGCCACGCGGGCGCUCCAGGCGAGGGCUGGGAGCCGCCCUGGGAGCUGGCGCCCGGGGACAGCGCAGCCGGCGAGGACGCGCACCUGGGGCCCCGGGGCCGAGCCUUUCGCUUCCAGCUACUGCUCGCACGACUCUCGCGGCGACUGCGCGCGCGGCGCGGGGUCUGCGCACCCGCCAUGGCGCCGCCGCGCUGCUUCGCCCUGGAGCUCCCGGACUGCACUUUGGCUCAUUUCACCCUGGGCGCUGACGUCUCAAGCUACACCGACGCCCCCAGCGCGCGUCCCGACCCCGGGCUGGCCGCGCUGUUGGGCCCCCCCGGACGCAGCUACUCGCUGUGCGUGCCUGUGGCCUUGGACGCCAGCUGCGGGGCCCGGGUCCAGGCGGCCCGGCUGCAUCAGCGCCUGCUGCACCAGCUGCGCCGCGGCCCCUUCCAGCGGUGCCAGCUGCACAGGCUGCUCUGCUACUGUCCCGGCAGCCUGGCCGGCGGCGCUCAGCACGGAUUCCUGCUACGCGACCCCAGCGAUGGCCCAGACACCCGGUGCGCUCUGCUAAAGUUGCUGGGCACGUGCCAGGAGGCACCGUGCCCGCACCUGGGCGAGUUUGAGGCCGACCCACAAGGCCAGCUGUGGCAGCGCCUCUGGGCUCUGCAGGAUGGAGGGCAGCUGCAGGUGGGCCGUGCACGCGUGGUGCCCACCGCCGAACCCCUGCUGCACCCGGUAGUACCAGACCUGCCGAACUCCGUGGUCUUCCCCAAUCGAGAAGCUGCCCGGGCUGUUUUGGAGGCGUGUACACCCUUUAUUACGGAAGCCCGGGCGGUACUUAACCUAGUUGACCAGUGCCCAAGACAGGUCCAGAAAGGAAAGUUCCAAGUCAUUGCCAUUGAAGGACUGGAUGCCACGGGUAAAACUACGGUGACCCAGUCAGUUUCAGAUGAGCUCCAGGCUGCCCUCUUGAAGUCUCCGCCUGCUUGCAUUGGGCAGUGGAGGAAGAUCUUUGAUGAUGAACCCACGAUCAUUAGAAGAGCGUUUUACUCGCUGGGCAACUACAUCGUAGCUUCCGAGAUAGCUAAGGAAUCCACCAAGUCCCCUGUUAUUGUAGACAGGUACUGGCACAGUACAGCCACUUACGCCAUCGCCACCGAGGUGAGCGGGGGUCUGCAGCACCUGCCCCCCGCCCACCACCCUGUCUACCAGUGGCCAGAGGACCUGCUCAAACCAGACCUGGUCUUACUGCUCACCGUGAACCCUGAGGAGAGAGCGCAGAGGCUGGAGGGCCGGGGCCUGGAGAAGACCAGGGAGGAAGCUGAGCUUGAGGCCAACAGUGUGUUUCGUCAAAAGGUCGAAGUGUCCUACCGGCGGAUGCAGAACCCUGGCUGCCUUCUGGUGGAUGCCAGCCCUUCCCGAGGAGAGGUCCUGCAGACUGUUUUACGUCUGAUCCGAACUCACUGUAAUGGAUUCUAGUUCCUUCCGCCGAGUGCUGUGUCCUACUGCACCAGCUGCCGUGUGAUGCACCUCGUCCCACCACUCCUAUGGAAUUGCCCGAUUUCCACGGCACAAGCAUACUGUGAUGAAAAGUCGAUGUGAGCAUGUUAAUUUUUCUUCCACCCUGUAUUCUCCACUGGGUGAGAGAAUGAUCAAGCCUGAGACAGGUCAUCUUCCAGCCAUCGCUUUCUGCCCAGGGUAGUACACAUUUUCUGGGAGCAUAUUUGUAACUCUCUCACUACCUAGUUAUCAUGACCGAGGUUUGUUUCACCCCUAGAGCCUCAGGGGUAAAGAAAAAGCCAGGAAGGUCUUCCAGAAGCAUGUCGUGCCCGCCAUGCCAAUGCCCUCCUGGCGGGGCUGCUUGAAUCUCUCACAUCUAGUCAAACUUCAUCAUUGCCUGCCCCUCAGCCUCAAGUCCUGGAGCCAAGCAGCCUUUCUAAGGAUACUCCUCCUUUGGGGGAGGGGACACUUACAAAGAGGCAUUGACCUUGUGCCCGAGGCUCAGAACCCCUUAGAUGGCACCCAAGUCAGCACUUCAGAGUCAAAGGCGUUCCAUAAAAGACACUCUCCCUGCAGAUGCACCGACCUCUGAGUUAUGUCCCGCUUCGUUAUGUUUCUUUCCUUUCCUCUGAAAUAUGCACUGAAUAGAUCAUUACAUGCAUUCACUUGGCCAAUCCAGUGACUCAUUUAUAACGCUGUUCACAUCUGGCGUAUCCUCAGAGUAGGGGCUGUGAUUCUCUAACUGAGAUUGAAGCCCAGAAGCUAAAUGCAAUGUUUGUUGUGCAUUUUCAUUGCCCAAAUUUAAUUUCUCCUGCUCAGUAAGCACAGUGGAUCCUGGAAGGG